AUGGCGAAAAGAAGAAACGUUGCCCCUGCAGAACAGCUAGUCGUUACUGUUCUCAGUUAUGUGUAUGUGGAAAUAAAGAAAAACCGUGCGUAAACAAGGUAGGUUUGCAAUAUGUCUCGCAAUAUCUCAAAUCUCACUCGCUCCUGGUAUUGCUUUGACUUUUACAUUUGUUUUAAUUUUCAAGCAAUUUCUCGAGCUCUAUUUCCAAGACCUCUAGAGACGACUGGGGACAAGUCAGGGUUUUUUCAUUUUGCAUAAGUAACUCAACACUGUAUUGCGCUAUUGCGCCUAUUUUGAAUAAAAUAUUUGGGAAAUAUCUACUUAUUCUUGUGCAGAUUUAUAGCAUAUAUGUAUAUAUUAUAAGCUCUGGUAUGCAUUUCUUACAUGUGUACUUUGUUUCAUAUGUUUUAUCUUUUAAUGUAUUUUGUUGCAACUGUUUAUGAUGUCGGUUGAUUGUUUAUUAUCUGUUAUGCAGGAAGGAUAUGUUCCCCCGCCAAAAAGAAGAGAAGUAAAUCCCAAUCUGCUAGCCAAAGUAGCCAUGAUGACCAGUCCAAUGAUCUAUCAACACCUGCUUUAAGACAAUCAGAGGAUGAUAACAGAUUGGACAACAAUCAAGUUAAGGUAAGAAAUGCAGGUACAGUAGUCCCCCGCUAACUCGAACUCGCUUAACUCGAACUAAAUCGAAUUCCCCUUGGAUCUGACACUGUUUUUUAUAGUAAUUUACUCCGCUUAAAUCGAACUCGCUUAACUCGAACUCCUCGCUAAUUCGAACAAAUUUUGUUUUCCCUUGGUCAAGUUUAUCCGGUCAAGUUUAUAUUUUUCGAGUCGUGGAUCGGCAAACCUUAAAAUGUCAGAGCAUAGCAUUUUGACAACCGGUAACUUGGAUUUUUAUUCAAAUGACGACAAUUUAUUCGGUGUAUAAGUGAUCAUAAAUUUUAAAAGAUUAUACACAUAGUUGCGACGAUUGUUAUUGAUCUAUUUUUUUAGUUCCUUUUGUAAAAUCUCUACAUAUUUUUCCUAAGAACUUUAGUUUGCAUGGAACUUGCAUGCCUUCUCCAUCACCCAAGUUAAAAAGAUACUGACUAAAGAACUUUAGUUAUAGGGUUGCGCAAUUUUUUCUAAUUUUGAUGAACAGUAUAAUAAACUUUAUUACCUUAUUAAUUAUUAACAUAAUAAACGAAAUCUGACACCAACUCCGGUUAACUCGAACCCCCGCUAACUCGAACAAUUUUUCGUUCCCCUUGGGAAUUCGAGUUAGCGGGGUUCUACUGUAUAAAUUUUCAAACUUGAAAAUAAUGUAGUCUGUGCACUUUGCAAAAGCUGCCUUGUUUUAUAUAAUGACAUAAUUAUGUAGUGGAUCAUUGAAUCAUAUUUUUAACAUAAACAAAUGCAUAGUGUUUCACAAACUAAUGCUGACUGAUUCCUGUCUAAAUUUCCCUAUAUGUUUCAGGUACAUGAAAAUUGAAAAGGCUGCAAAGAGAGUUUGUGUAGGGACCGGGCAAAAAUUUUACUUUGGGGCCUUUGACAUCAUUAUUAACCCCCAAUGUACAUAAAAAAUCUUCAACUAGGAUGUGCGUAUGCCUGCCACGUACCUAUUUUAAAAAUACCCUCAACUUGCAAAGAGGCCGUCAUAAAGACUUCUUAGCAUAACUUAUAACGCAUAUUACAUUAUUUCAAAUUACUAGUCAUUUCUUGAUACAUCGGAUGCUGAUAUGGUCAAACAGCUUGCAAUGUGUGUCCUCCAAAAGGGGGUUGGCCGUAUGGAUUAUAUUAAUAGCAUGAUGAUUGUAAUAUAUGAUGGCGAUGAGGACGAAGUACCACCUGUACAACAGAAUAUUCAGGAAGCAUCAUCACCAUCAAACAGCAUGCAAUGA